AUGCCAAUAGAUUUGCCAUUUGAAAUACCUACAGAUAAUCCCGUGUACCAGAAUUACAAAAAGAUUUUGAUUACAUAUCAAAAGUUUGUUGAUGAAUCUGUGCCACACACUGGUUAUAGAUGGUUAGGGUUUGGGGUAUUACUUACUUUAUUUAUGACCAGAAUUUUCAUUGUUCAAGGGUGGUACAUCAUUUGUUACGCAUUGGGGAUAUACUUGUUGAAUUUAUUCUUGGCGUUUUUGACCCCAAAGUUUGAUCCAUCGUUGGAACAGGAGAUGAAGAAUGAAUCUAUUGAGGAAGGAAUGGACCAAGAGACUCAAGAAUCUGGGUCUAAGGAUGACGAAUUCAGGCCAUUUAUUAGGAGAUUACCAGAAUUCAAGUUCUGGUAUAACGCCACAAGAGCCACUGUUUUAAGUUUGGUGUUGACCUUUUUCUCAAUCUUUGAUAUUCCAGUUUUUUGGCCAAUUUUAUUGAUGUACUUCAUAAUCCUUUUUGCUUUGACAAUGCGUAAACAGAUACAGCAUAUGACAAAGUACAAGUACUUGCCAUUUGAUUUGGGCAAGACAAGAUAUAGGAAGUGA